AAAUAUUAAACAGGGGAGGGUUAUUAAAACUGAGAAUCAAAAUGGUUUCUAUUUUAGUGAAACAGAAAGUGGAAGUGGUUCACAGAAACCAGCCUUUAGUGAGACUUAACUGACUUAUGACUCAUCUACUAUCAACUCCACCUCUCACACACACACACACACACACACACAAAGCUCCGCCUACUGAACCGUCGAGAAGAGGAAGAGUCACUGAAGAGAAGCAGAGUCUCCGAGGAAGUUUCUCUUGAAGUUUUUAAGAGAAAGUUUGUACUUUUUAACCAUGGCGUGUGAAAGUAACAGCAUGUUUGAUGAGAGGAUAGGAGAGGCCCUGAUCAGAGAGGUCAUUGAGGAGGAGCUGAAACACAUACCCUCAGAGGACGUCCUGUCCUUCACCCUCCCUGCUGUGGAACUAAAGAAUGAGCAGGAGGACAAGUGUGUGGACCAGCUGGGCACAUUGGUCCGCAAAAUUGGUGACAAAUUAAAGGAUGACGUGGAGAUCCAAGAUGGAAUAGAUGGGCUUGCACAAGGCUUCAAGUGGAACAGCUUUAAGGAAAUGGGAGACAAGGCGUUUGAGCAUGGAAUCACCUGGGAGAAGAUUGCUAUUCUCUUCUAUGUUGCCGGCAAGUUGGCAGUCAAAAUGGUGGAGGCUCAUCUGCCUCAGUCAGUGGUGGAGAUCCUGAAGUGGACCGUGGACUAUUUCAAAAAGUAUCUCUUGGGCUGGAUUCGGGGACGAGGAGGAUGGAUCUGCAGUUUCUCAGAAUUGGCGGUGGCGUCCAUGCAGACCGCGUCAUCCAUGAGCUCUCACAGAGGAGGCCUUAUCAUCACCUUCUUCGCCGGCAUAGCUCUCGGAAGCUUCAUCAGCUGGAGACUGACCAGUUGACUCUGAGGCGCACCUUGUUGCCAUAAAGAUGGUUAUUUUCCCCUCUACUUUUCUCUGCAAUUUCUCUGCAAAACUUGAAAACUUGAGGGUGACAGCGAUGACUCUAGAGCUGCAGCCAAAGUUUGAGAAACAGUGAAGUCUCUUCACCAUGGCACCGCUGUAAAUUUAGUUUUGUGGUCAGCAAUGUAAUGAGGUACUCUGUUUAAACCUUCUAAUUGAACACUGCUCUGUGCUGCUUGUUUCCUGUGGGGAUAGGCAUUGUUAAAUUAAACUUGAAAUUUUAAGUUCCUAGUGUGGUAUGUUGUUUUAAUCCACCUAGUUUACCUGUAAUUAAGAUUUUAUAGUCAAUAUUUUUCAUAAAAUGAAACAGAUUUUGCUUUAUUACUGUUCACGUGUGUGGCUUAUAAAACUUGAAUGAUUUACGGAACUGCUGUUAUUUUCUAUACAUUGCAUGUAUGCUUUUUCAGGGGUCUGUUAAACAACUGACAUAAUCUUCACAACUAUUUCAAAAUCAAAGCUGUGUAAUUCAGAUCAAUAUGAAGCAUUACAGCAACAAAAUGAAUGUUGUUUUUUUACUUGGAUGGAGAUCAUCAUCUUUGCGGUGUUUCUGUGUCUCAGUUUGAUAUGUUGGGAAAAAAAAUAUAUAUAUUUAUAAAAAAA